CCUGUUUCUUCUGGUGUAUGACUUUUACUGCCAUUGUACAGAGAAAUGUCCUCUAGAUCUAACUGAGAUAUUUCUUUGUUGUGUUUCAGUGUUCUUUAGCCAUUCUUUGGUAAACAAUGAAGGUUCUGUUACUGAAGGAGCCCAAAGACAGAGACUCAGGACCAGAUCCUUAUAUUCAAGAAUUGGGAUUAUAUGGAUUUGAGGCAACCUUAAUCCCUGUUUUGUCAUUUGAAUUUGUGUCUCUUCAAAGUUUCUUUGAGAAGCUUUCUCAUCCAGAUUGUUAUGGGGGAUUAAUUUUUACCAGUCCAAGAGCAGUAGAAGCUGCCAAGUUAUGUUUGGGAGAGAACAGUAAAAAUGAAACCUGGAGAAAUUCUUUCAAAGAAAAAUGGAACACAAAAUCAACAUAUGUCGUAGGAAAAGCUACGGCUUCUCUAGUGGAAGAAAUUGGCCUUAUUCCACAAGGAGAAAAGAGUGGAAAUGCUGAAAAACUAGCCAGAUACAUUUGUGCAAGGGAAGCACCUAAUUCAUCACCUCUUCUUUUUCCUUGUGGGUCUCUGAAAAGAGAAGUUCUUCCAACAAUACUCAAAGAAAAAGAUAUUUCCCUGGAAUGCCUUACUGUUUAUCAAACUGCUCAACAUCCCAGUCUCCAAGAAUCCUUGAAGAAUUAUUUCUCAGAACAGGGUAUUCCAGAAAGCAUCACAUUCUUUAGUCCAUCUGGUGUCAGAUUUUGUCUUCAGCACAUUCAGAAGUUUUCUGGUGAUUUUAUUAAUCAAAUUAAGUUUGCUGCUAUCGGUCCAACAACAGCAGAAGCAAUAGAAGUUGAAGGAAUCCCAGUGAGCUGCACUGCAGAGAACCCUACUCCCCAAGACCUCGCUGCUGGACUCAAAAAAGCCCUUCACCUAUAGAAUUGCCGUUUAUUGAGAAGCACCACGUGUUGCUAUAAUCCUCCUCCAGAAAUCUAAGGCAAUUCAUCACUGUUUAACAGGGAUAUUAAUUUUGAUUUUUUUGUUAAAAAACAAACAAACAAACAAGCGCUUUCCCUUAUCAUUCAAUACUUCCUUGACCAUCAGUCUGCUAACAUCACUGUGUGGUGGGAGUGGAAAAGACAGAUUAAUCGAUUCAGAUCAACUUUAUGGCUAAUACACAUACACAAAACCACAUUGCUCUUUAGCUUCAAUAUCGUAUUGUUUGUGAGUAUGUGUUGGGGCUUAAAGAGAUUAUGGUAAAUAAUUAUAGUUACAAUAAAAAGUCUAUUGUAAAAGUUGUUUUAGAACUCUGUUCCCUAUUUACUUCAAUAAGCACAUAUAUUUGCUUAGAUAAUGGUUAUAGAGCGUGGUACUAAAAUAUUAAGAAGCUUUUUAUUUACAUAGCUUGUAUCAGUCAUGGACCUUAACAUUACAGAACAACACAUAAAUGUCUCAUUUGCUGAAGGCUUCUAUUGGUUUAAGUCAAAAUGAACUGAAUGAAGUUAUUUAAACAAGAAAUUCCUUGCCCAAGAUAGUAGUUUAAAAUCAGAUUCCAAUUCUGCUCUGCUGCUCACCUUGAAAUUGUAUAUUUGGGUGUCGGACUCCAGCCCAGUUAUCAUAUAGGAGUCCAGAGUGGCUCAGUAACUUAGGCUGAGAUAGAAUUGCAGUAUAAGAGCUGUGGGAAUUUGUAUCUGUUUUUGCCUGUGUGUAUUGAAAAUCCUGACAGUGUGCAAUCUUUAAUUACUCUGCUCAAGAAUAAUGGUCAAUACUGGUAGCAGAACUUCAACAUAAAAAUCUGCUAAAACUCUCUGGUGCUGCUGUGUUCACUGAAUGUAGCUGCAAGUCUGUAUAUAGACAUGUCCCAAAGGAAAAAUGAAAGAGAAUGAAUAGAAAACAAUUGUUGACCUUCUCUCUCCCAGUUUUCUUUAGCAUGAUUGAGUGUAUGCUAAGCCCAACUGUAUAGUGUUCAGAUUCAACUAUCAUUUUAUCAUGCCAUAGAAAAUAUGCAGCUCGUGCCUUCACUCAAAAAUAAAACCAUUGCUGGCGGAGGAUUUGGAAAUCUGCUUAGGUUCCCUGCAAUAUACCACUCGGAAAGCUUUGAACUUUCAGCAGGUUCAUGGUCUGAAAUAUGUCAGACACCUGAGAGCAGAUUUAUAUGACAGUUACAGUUCGAGGGGAGGGGAGGCAGAAAAAUGAACUGGAAACAGAGAGACGAGCAUAAGUGUUUCUCAUGGUUACUUUUAUAUCUGAACAGCAUGGCUGUGUCACAGCUGGCAAGUUUUUCCGCAAAAGCAGCUGCUUUUGCGGAAAAACUUGCCAGCUGUCUACACUGGCCGCUUGAAU